AAACCGGUGCGUGUUUUUUCUUUUCUUCUCGGUGAAGUCAAGGUUGUUCCAAACAGACACAAGCAGAACAUAACGCCCUUCUUCUCUUCUUGUCCCUGUUCCAAGUUCUAACCGUUCUUUCUUUUUCGCUUACCCUUCAUCCCAAAACACUGCAAUCACUCACCCUUUGCUUUGUAUUCUAAAAGGUGGAAUUUUUUCUCUUUCUUGCUUCUGGGUUCUCGUCUCUUUGACUAGUUCGUUAACCGUUCCGCGUUUUUGUUUACCCUUUUGUUUUCAUGAACACGUACGAAUAUCAGGACUUGGAUUUUUUUUGUGUGAUUGAGUUUAAGUCUGUGUCUUUUUGAUUCUUGAAAGAGUGAUAUUAAGAAGAAUGAUUAUUUUAUUUAUUAUUAUUUUUUAUUCAAAACCACCCAUAAUUCUCUUUGAUCAGUUUGGUUUUUCUCAUGCUUAAUUCGCUUUGUGGGGCUAAUUGUCUUUAAAGGAUGCGUGCAUGUUUGGUGAGUGACCCUUUUUUGGGUAUACACUUUUCAGUGACACGUAGAUAGGUAGGGAUAUAGAUGGUAGAAAAAAAUGAUUUUGUUACACUUUGGUGAAAUUCAUUUUUUUUCUUUUUUUUUUUGGGUAAAGUGAAAUUUAUUUAUUGGAAAUCAUGUAAGAUGCCGUUGUUGAAUUUGACAUGUGGGGAUGGUUUGUGCUUCUUCUGAAUUUUGAUUCAUCUAUAGGUGCUCAUGUUUGCAUCUUCACUCAUUGCAUGUCAUUUGGUGUUCUGUCAUGGCAAUAGCAGAUUAAUUGGAAUGUAUGUUCAUGGUUGUAUGAAUCUUUUGCAAAUUAAGAUUACUAUUUAGUUUGAGUGAAGGGAAAAAAAGAUGGAAAAAUUAUGAACAUAAUUUAUGAAUUGCUUGCAUUAUUUCCAUCAUUUGAAAAUGUGAACAAUGCUUCUUUCUUAGACAAAAAUAUAACACGAUCAACGUCUGGUCAUUUAAAUUUCUGUCCGAAAGAGAAAAAUGAUCAUAAAUUCAGAAGUUUUCAGUUUAUCAGAAAAGUUAAAGGGGGGUGGGGGGUUGUAUUGGUAAUAUGUGCGUAGUCUUUAUAUAUUCUUCUUGCAGUGAUUUAACCAUUCAUAUUGACACUUACCUCCAGAAUAGAGGAUCAUGGGUUGCUUUGGCUUUUGCAAAGGAAAUGAUAGUUAUACAACUGCGGACAGAGGACCCUACACGCAGAACACUCCUACUGGGAACAACACCAGUUAUCAUGGCAGACACACAGCAAUAACCACUCCUCAAACUAUAAGUUUUCAACCAAUUGCUGUCCCGCCUGUUACAGUAGAUGAAUUGAAGUCCUUGACAGAUAAUUUUGGCUCAAAAUCUUUCAUUGGUGAGGGUGCAUAUGGCAAAGUAUAUCAUGCCACAUUGAGAAAUGGGCGUGAAGUGGUAAUUAAAAAGUUAGAUUCCAGUAAUCAGCCGGAGCAAGAAUUUCUUUCUCAGGUUUCCAUCGUAUCAAGGCUAAAGCAUGAAAAUGUUGUUGAGCUUGUUAGUUAUUGCGUUGAUGGUCCUUUCCGUGCCCUUGCCUAUGAGUAUGCUCCUAAAGGAUCCCUUCAUGAUAUUCUACAUGGAAAGAAAGGUUUCAAGGGUGCACAACCUGGUCCGGUUCUAUCAUGGGCUCAGAGAGUUAAAAUUGCUGUUGGAGCAGCCAGAGGACUUGAAUAUCUCCAUGAAAAGGCGGAGAUUCAUAUUAUCCAUCGUUACAUUAAGUCUAGUAACAUACUUCUUUUUGAUGAUGACGUUGCAAAGAUUGCUGAUUUUGAUUUGUCAAAUCAAGCCCCUGAUGCUGCAGCACGUCUUCAUUCUACCCGUGUUCUUGGGACCUUUGGUUAUCAUGCUCCAGAAUAUGCUAUGACUGGACAACUCACUUCAAAAAGUGAUGUUUAUAGCUUUGGAGUUAUACUGCUGGAACUCUUAACUGGUCGCAAACCUGUCGAUCAUACACUACCCCGAGGACAGCAAAGCCUUGUGACCUGGGCUACACCAAAGCUCAGCGAAGAUAAGGUGAAGCACUGUGUUGAUGUUAGACUAAAGGGAGAGUACCCUUCAAAAUCAGUUGCAAAGAUGGCUGCUGUUGCUGCUCUAUGUGUGCAAUAUGAAGCUGAAUUUCGGCCAAAUAUGAGUAUUAUAGUCAAAGCUCUACAGCCUCUAUUGAAUACUCGUUCUGUUCAUUCAAAGGAAGCACAGAACAUGUAAAUUCCAAGAUCAUUCAUUCCUUCUUGCAGACUGCAGAGCGCUAUGACGAUUUGUCUUUUGUGACUAGUGUCAAUAAUCACAUAUUCGAAGGCUUAUAGUAUUUUUGCAUUAUUAUAUUUGUAUAAUAACUGAGCUUGCUAUAAAUAUAGGGAUGUAGGUGGCAAGAGCCAAUCAUAUGUUUUUUAGUUUUUAUUUGAUAUUUUAUGUUUGUUUUUGUUCGGGGUUCUGCAAGCAAUAUACAAGUGCAUAUAUUAUAUACGUCGUAGGGACGACACAUGUUUAGUAGCAUUGCUACUUUAUUAUAAUGAAGUUUCUUUUAAAUGCAUGGGAAAUCU